ACGGGUUUAUUGGAGCAACACCCCGAGAGCAAGCCCCGAAUCCAUGAGAGUGAAUCAGGAUAUGCCGAAAGCAAGCCUAGCUUGCCAGCUCCCAAACCAGCGAGCGCCAGCUGGGCCUCCCUUCCAAACGAGACGCAAGUUAUCUUGCUAUUACUGGCGAAAUCCACGGAAAUCGCCUAUCGGUCUUCGACACGCGCAUGCCUUUUUUCCCAACUAAAAUGGUUUGAUCCUUCAUUACCCGACUCUAUCGUCUCUACGCAAGCGGGCACAAUACAAGGAUUCUCGACUGCUAUCCGGGUGUUGAAUGCAAUUAUUGUGGGACUUCUAGCGGAUAGAGCAAGCAUCGGAAGGAAAUGUGUGCUUCUCUUGGGCUUAUGCGGCUAUGCCAUUUCGUUUGUUGGAUUGGCCUUUUCGAGAUCAUCCUACGUAGCCGUGGUUUUUCAGUCUGCUGGGGGAUACUGGAUGGAAAUGCUGGGUCUUGAUGAUGGAGCAGCUCGCCACCAACCAGAUUUGGGCCGCCGAGCAGGAAAAUCCAUCGCGUCGGGUCUAUGCCUUUCCCGCAAACCCUACUCGUACCAGCCUUUGGACAGUGAUCAAAAGAUUGAUGGGGCGGAAGACGAUCACACAACGUUUCUCUCCAUUGUGUUUCUCCCUGCUCCGCGCGCUUCACCCCUCAUCCACCACGGAAUCCACUUCGGAGGUGGGCUAGGGUUAACAAGCUCGCAGGUGGGACUAGCAACAUCCUCGUCGUGUACCCAACUGUCUCCAACCGACUGGGGAUUCUACGCUGCUAUCUAUCUCAUCUUCUUGCCCGUUGCUCUCCUUCUGUACGCGCUGAUGCCGUUCUUGGUGUUUGUCCCGGAUUGGGCUCUGCCGAUGUGGGUUUCACUCGGGGCACUACUGUGUCUGAAGGCAAUCUCGCGUACAUUUACGUGUCCGGCGUCAUCCAUCAUAUUGAAUAACUGCGUUUCUGAUCCCAGUGUACUAAGUACGGUGAAUGGGGUCGGCUCGAGCAUCACCAAUGUUGCUACUAGCGUCGGUCCACCUGUUGGCGGUUGGGUCCGGGGGCCGGUGGGGGUGGGAUUGGCGCAGUGGGUUAUUCUAUGGCAUCGGAGACAUCUAGCUUGA